GCCAUUUGCACACGAUGCUGAAUAUUUGUAUAACGUGUAUAUAUACGUAAUUGUAUUCUUUAUUCAACGGGAGUGAUACUCAUAAGAACUCCUUUUAACAAAGGAAUAUACAUUUCUGGGCAGUUAAAGUAAUCACGCAAUAAAGCGUCCCAAAAAUGUCUGACCCCUGCAACUGCAUAGAAACUGGAAAGUGCGAAUGCGCAGAUUCCUGCCCAUCAAGUGGAUGUAAAUGUGGCCCCAGUUGUAAAUGUGGACCCAGCUGUAAAUGUCCCGGAUGUAAAAUUAAAUGCAACUGCAGCGGAACCUGUGGUUGUGGAAAGGGCUGUACCGGACCAGAAAAUUGUAAAUGUACCGACAGUAGCUGUGCUUGCAAAAAAUGACUUCUUAAUCACGAAACAAAACUCCAUUUUAAAACAACAAAAUAGAUGCAUAAUAUAUAUUUUUACCAUAAAAGAAACAUCUGU